UCAUCCACAUCAUUGGAGCGCAGUUCGAUCAGCGGUGGUUUCAAAGAUGAAGGCGUUCGUAGUGUUGUCUAUGGCAGUGGCCAUUGCUUCCUGUGCGGCAGUUGACGAGUCUUCGAAGAAGGGCAAGCGUGGUCUCUGGGAGCAGCUGGGCUACGGAGCAGGCGAUCACCGUGAGGUCAGACACCUAUCCACCACUAUCACCAAGAAAAUUCCAGUGCCCUAUCCGGUCGAGGUGGAAAAGCAUAUUCCCUAUCCGGUGGAGGUCGAGAAAAAGGUUCCGGUUUGGAUGGAGAAGAAGGUUCCGGUGUUCAUCGAGAAGAGAGUGCCCGUCCACGUGGACCGACCAGUACCAUAUCCGGUAGAGGUGAAAGUUCCAGUGUACGUCGAGAAGAAGGUUCACGUCGACCGUCCCGUUCCCUAUCCGGUCGAGAAGAAAGUUCCGGUGUACAUUGAGAAAAGAGUCCCGGUCCACAUAGACCGUCCAGUCUACGUGGAGAAAAAGGUCCGCGUUCCGUAUCCAGUCGAAGUGAAGGUCCCAGUUGUGGUGGAAAAGAAGGUUCCGGUUCACGUUGACCGUCCGUUCCCAGUGGAGGUGGAAAAGCAAGUCCCAAUCCACGUGGAUCGCCCUGUGCCCUAUCCAGUGGAAGUCGAGAAGAAAGUUCCAGUGCACGUCGAUCGACCAGUUCCGUACCCGGUCGAGGUGAAAGUGCCAGUUUUCGUGGAACAUAAGGUACCAGUCCACGUUGACCGGCCAGUUCCCUACCCCGUGGAGGUUCCGGUCGUGAAAAAGGAAUAUGUCGAAGUGCCAAAACCUUAUGCAGUUCAUUUUGAGAAACCCGUCCCAGUGUACGUUACCAAACACAUCACGGUGCACAACAGUGACCGUAAGUCACACUGGUUUUAGC